UUCACAACCUUACACAAACACAUUAUAACACACUCUUUGUUGCAAACUUCAAAUUUCAAAUAAUCUUUUAGUCUCAUCGACUUAUAGUUGCUAGGCACUAUUCGACAAAAAUGUCAAUGUCACCGUCGGAGGAGGAGAAUCACCGGAAAACUGUGGAGGACAAGGCUGAGAUGGGGAGGAGAAAAAGGGCAAUUUGGGAAAGAAAGUGGAAAAGACUGGACAUUGUGAAAGCUUUUGCUUCUCUCUUUGUGCAUUUCCUCUGUCUCUUAGCUCCUUUCCAUUUCACUUGGCCAGCCUUAAGGGUUGCAUUCGUUGUCUAUACGGUGGGUGGGCUCGGUAUCACGGUCUCUUACCACCGUAACUUGGCUCACAGGAGCUUCAAAGUCCCUAAAUGGCUCGAGUAUUUGUUUGCUUAUUGUGGUCUUCUUGCCAUUCAGGGAGAUCCGAUUGAUUGGGUCAGCACACAUCGAUACCAUCACCAGUUUACAGAUUCAGCUAGGGACCCACAUAGCCCUAAUGAAGGUUUCUGGUUCAGCCAUCUCCUAUGGCUAUUUGAUACUGGUUAUCUUGUAGAAAAGUGUGGAAGAAAGACAAAUGUGGAGGACUUAAAGAGGCAGUGGUACUAUAAGUUCCUACAAAGAACGGUUAUGUACCACAUUCUAGCAUUUGGUUUCCUCCUCUAUUACUUUGGUGGUUUGUCUUUUCUUACGUGGGGAAUGGGCAUUGGAGUAGCAAUGGAGCAUCAUGUGACUUGCCUCAUCAACUCUCUUUGCCAUAUUUGGGGAAGCCGAACUUGGAAGACCAACGACACUUCUCGUAAUGUUUGGUGGCUAUCGGUAUUCUCAUUUGGGGAGAGCUGGCACAACAAUCACCAUGCCUUUGAGUCGUCGGCGAGACAAGGUCUAGAGUGGUGGCAAAUCGACAUAUCUUGGUACAUCGUCCGCUUUCUCGAAAUUAUCGGGUUGGCUACAGACGUGAAGCUGCCUUCAGAGAGUCAACGACGUCGUAUGGCAUUGGUUCGUUGAAUGAGGAUAUUCGACUUAUCGUCUUUAUUCAGUAUCAUUUAAAUGUCUACGUACGUUUCAAGGUUUUGGUAAGGCUAAAAUUUGUAAUAUUGAGUUACCCGGUGUUGUGUUGUGUGUUGGAACCGAUUUGCUUAAUUACGUUCAUUUUCGUCAACUUCUAGUAUGCGUAAUGAGUUAAUCACGUUUUUCUAUUAUUUCUGUCAUUUCGUUCACGCGCAUUAGUAAAGGUACUAAUAUAAAUU